AUCCAGAUUCUCGUUUGUUUACGUGCGAUCGAGGCCUGCGACAAUUGCAAGCUAGCUGGCUAGUCCCCGCGUGUGAGCUUCCUGGAGGAGCACGUAACCGGCGGCGCACAUUAUGGGGCUUUUCAGUCAUAAGACGUCCCGGAAUGGAGGUACUGCAGAUGUCGGACCUGCAGGAUCGCAGCGUCGCACUGCGUCUUCAUCAUCAUCAUCUUCCUCGAGCUCAUCUUCUUCAAGCUCCAACAACUCAGCCAGGGACCGCGAAAUCCAGCCCAUUGUCCCGGCAGACCCGCCCAAGCGUCGCGAGAGCCAGAAAAGCGUUACCUUCAGCGAACCACCGCAACACUCCGCGCGUAAUCGUGCCAGCGUACCGCCGACCGCCGAUAUGGACGGCAGCAGUGCUGAUGAAACGACGGCGAUCAUUGGUUCCAGAGGGAAUGGACAAAAAGAUUACAAGACAGGCACCCCGUAUGCAGGCAACGGGAUAGCAACGGGGCGCCAAGGGAGUGCGAGCUCUUCGUUGAGGUCUAGACGCCGAAGCACGCAGGAACAAGAAGCUGCUGCGGCUGCGGCUAAUGGCCAUAGAUGGUAUCACCAUCUUGCGGAGAACUACGGGAGUAUAGAGCUGGAGAACAAGGGCAGUGUAGCCCGGGAUCAUUUGGCGCUGGAGCGUACGUUCUUGGCCUGGCUCCGCACGUCUCUUUCUUUUGCUAGCAUCGGCAUCGCCGUGACUCAGCUGUUCCGCCUCAACACCUCUCUCUCUGACGAUGCUUCGCCUGCCGAGCGGCACCUGAGGCAUGUCGGCAAACCACUAGGCGCUACGUUCAUUGGGAUUUCUAUCGUCAUGCUCUUAAUAGGGUUCCAUAGGUACUUUGAGAGCCAACACUAUAUUAUUCGGGGAAGAUUCCCGGCUAGCCGAGGUAGCAUCGUGCUGGUGUCCCUCAUUGCUGGCUCGUUGAUUGUGGCGAGCUUGGUAGUCGUCCUUGCAAUUGCGCCCAAGCUCUUUGAGAAGAAAUAGUUUGGCGGGUUGAAGAGAUGGAGAUGGUAUGACCUUCGUUUGAGGGAGAGAAAAAAGUUAUCUGGAGAAGAAUUAUCCUAUGGGUUGGAGUAUAGGAGACAGUUUGGCGUCGAUGAGCAAUGCCAGCGAUGACUAUGAUUGGCGAUGAUUAGGACGGACUCUUAUGCUGUUGGGCAUUUAUGAGUUACUACUUUGUAUACUUAACCAGUCCGAUGUAAGUGGCUGAAGAUAAAGUUUACCAAGUCAAAUAUCUAUCACGGUG